CUUAAUUUCAUUUAUUUUUUCAUUCCGCUUCGUCUCCAUCAUCAAAUCCGUUCCACGCUGGCUCGAUAGCAAAGUUGGGAAUCGCCAGGAAGAUUAGUGGCUGUCAGUCACAGGUUUUGGGCCAUCCGCCAUUUCAGUUUAUACCUCCCCGGAAACGAGCUCAGCAAACAAGGGAGCUUUCAUCGGCGUGAAAGGAAGGAAUAAUGGCCUUCACUCUGCUCUCAGUUCCGACGCCUCAUCUUCACAGCCCCAAAUCCACAUGGUUCCACACUCAACAACCACACGAAUCUCUCCUUUCUCCCAACCUCAUCCAUUACUCAUCCAAACCCUUCCUCCCUCUUUCUUCUUCUUCUUCUUCUUCUUCUUCAAACUCGGUUCUGGAAGAAGAGCCUUCUCCCGCGUCUCCUCCUCUCCAAGGUGCUGAUUCCAAAUCUCUUCCUCUCAGAGGGUGCGAGGGAUGUGGGAGGGAAGAAAUGGAGAAGGGAUGCAAUGGGAAAGGAAGGAUACAAGGCGGGAUUGCCGCGGUUCCUGGGUUUGGAUGGUGGCCAAUCAAGGCUUAUCGCCCUUGCCCUGGUUUCGUGGCUUCUGGCGGCCGUUACACUCGCCAAGGUCAAUCUAUGGAUGAGGUCGUCUCCGGCGGCGGCGGCGGCCGACGGAUAGUCUCUAGUCCUCCUCCUCCUCCUCCUCCAGCGUCUUCUGAAUUGAAGACUAGGUAA